AUGGAUUCACUCGAAAAGAUCUUGACUGAUUGUCAUGAAAGAUACCCUCCAGCUGUUCAAAUAAAAGAAAUUAAUACUUUAAAGAAAAAAUUUGAAGCUACACAAACAGUCAUCAGAAAAACAGAUAAAUCAAAAGUUUUCCAUAUUGGUGAACUUGAUGACUAUAAAGUGAAGGCUCAAGCACAUAUGAAUAAGACUAAAGCAUAUCAAGAUUUGGGUACAACAAAUCCACUUGAAUCUUUAGUUGAACAUACAAAUAGUUUUCUUUAUGGUUUAUGGUUUAAUAAACAUAUUUCUCAAAGGCAAUAUGAGAAAUUAAAGGUAAAUAGAGAAGAGGCUGAACUAGCCCAUCUUUAUUUUUUACCAAAAGCACAUAAACCAGGAACACCCUUAAGACCUAUAAUGUCUGGUCUGAAAUCUCCAACUAUAGAAAUUUCUAGAUGGUUGGACAGUUUAUUAAGACCAUUGUUCGAUCGUCUAGCCAUAAAUACGACCGUCAAAAAUGGUCUUCAACUAAUUCAACAAGUUGAAAAAUGGUCAGCUACUUAUCUGACACCAGCCACAUUAUUUGUAACAAUGGAUGUUACUGAUUUAUAUACAAUGAUUCCACAAGAAGGUGGAGUAACAGCCAUAAAAAAACUAAUGGAGGCAUCUAGUUUAAAACAAAUCGAUGGUGUUAAAAAAGAGAUUAUAUUAGCUCUUACCAGAUUUGUUAUAACUAAUAAUUAUUUCUAUCUUGAUGGGUCAUAUUAUAAACAAAUAAGAGGUGGAGCUAUGGGUUCACCCUUGACCCUCACUAUAGCUAAUGCAUACAUGUACUUUGUUGAACGUCCCAUUUCAAAAUGGGCCAACAAAACAUGUUCAUUAUACUUUCGAUACAUUGAUGAUUUAUUCAUAAUGUCAAAUGUACAUGCAGAUAUAUUAAAAGGUCUUGUAAAUUUCUGGAAUAGAAUCGAUAAGAAUAUCGAGUUUUCAGAAUCUAUUGGACAAACUGCAGAGUACCUUGACGUAAGAUUGAUGAUUAGUGAAGGAAAAUUGAUGUCUGAGGUUUUUCAUAAACCCUCACAUGAACCAUAUUUUCUUCCUUUCACAAGCGUACAUGCUAAACAUAUAAAGAAAAAUAUUCCAUAUGGUGCUCUUGUAAGAGCAAUCAGAUAUUCUUCUACGUAUAAUGCCUUCAAACAUGAAGAAGCUCAUAUAUGCAUGUCAUUGCUACUUAAUAAAUAUCCUAUAGAAAUUAUUCUUAAACAAUUUGAAAGAGUCCUACAGACAUUUCAAUGCGCAGCGCCUACACAAAAUAACUAUUCUGAAAUAAGAAAGUUUUUGUUAAACGCUGGAGAGAAUUAUACAAAGAAGGCUGGAAUUGAUUUCGAGGUCGACAUCAUGUGUCAUUUCUCUUAUUGUAAAGGAAUGCAUGAUUUUUCGACUCGUUUUCAUAAACUCUGGAACGAUUGUUUUUCAGAUACAGCCAUUUGUAAUAUGAAGCCAAUUCUUGGUUCUAGAAGAUUAGAUAAUCUUCAAGAUUAUCUUGUCAGAAAGAAACCAGAAAAAUCAAUGCUAAAAAUUUUAAAUGAACCACUUACCUGAUGUAUAUUUCAUCAAAAGAACACAUCGCAUAGGUGUACUAAUUUAUAUUCGGAACAUUUCUCUCUGAUAAGAGUUCCAAUCUAAUUAAUACACUUUUCUGGGAUAGGAGUUCUAUUAUUAUAAUAGGAGUUCUAUUAUUAUAAUUAGAACACUUCUCUAACAUAGAAGUUCUGAUCGAUUUAGAACACUUCUCUAACACAGAAGUUCUAAUCAAUUUAGAACACUUCUCUUGUUUGCAGAUAUGUAUAUCUAUGGUUGGUGCAAUCGCAAUAACGUUAACCAAUAACACAAUCGAUGGAUGGUUAUUUUCGGUCCAAGAUCAUACCUAUCUUACGAACAAUGGUCCUUUCUGACCAAAUAGCGCCGUUUUCUCUUUGUUGUUCGUUUUUCACGAGUAAUUAGAGAGGUCCAUUCGACCAUCUAUUUUUCUUGUCAAUCUUAUAGGUCCUUUACACCAUAAGAUUUCGUUCUCAUUUUUGUUGUUGUUGUAUAAAUUAAUUUUUCGGAUUAGUUUUUUGUAAAUUCUGAUGACGUGUGGUUUAAAUCACACAGAAACUAGUCAAUAAAUAAACAUUUACAAAAACACAAAAAACUUUUUUAUUUCAUCUCGAGAGUAGUGAACUCAUUAGAAAGAGGUUAUAUCUGAAUAAGAAUAACCAACUACUUUUAAUUCUAAUAAAGUUAA